AUGGAAGAAGCUCAGUUGAUUGAAGAUGACAUGUCAGAGAUAAAGGAAGAAAUGCCUGAUAAAAGAGAAAAGAGAAAGUGGGAAGGAAAGACAAAUACACCAAGUAAACAGAGACAUGUUACUACUACAAGUGGAAAAAAAAGAAUGGAGCCAAAUACAUGUCCAAGUUGUUACAGAAACCAUUCAGGAAAGUGUUUUAAUUUUCCAGUAAAAUGUUACAAGUGUGGGAAGGUUGGGCACAUUAGUAAAAAUUGUGACAGCAACUCAAACCGAUGUUAUGAGUGUGGAUCUGAGGGACAUAUUCGUCGUGACUGCCCAAAGCUCAGGGAUUCUGGAAAGGGGACACCGAAAGCAAAUCAGCCAAAGAAAGAUUUGAGAGUUCUGGGUAGAGCAUAUCAGAUGACUGCAGAGGAAGCUCGUGAUGCAGAUGAUGUAGUCACCGAUACAUUCUUAGUCAAUUUCAUACCUGCACGUGUACUAUUUGAUUCAGGAGCCAAUCGUUCUUUUGUUUCUGUGACAUUUUGCGAUCGAUUUGGCAUAUCAACUAGUUUGCUAUCAGAUGCAUUAGUAGUGGAUACAGCUAAUGGGGGGCAAGUGCUAAUAAUACGUGAGGUUUAUGAUGGAUGCACGAUUGAAAUUGAGGGUAUCUUGUUCCCAGUUAGCUUGUUACCUUUGUCAAUAGGAGGAUUUGACGUUGUGAUAGGAAUGGACUGGUUAGUUAAACAUGGAGUUGAUAUUUUAUGUUCAAAGAAGAUGCUUUCAAUUUUGAGACCUAAUGGGGAGACACUAUUAGUUUAUACGGAUAGGCGAAAGGGUGAUAUGRGGAUCAUUUCAGUGGUGAAAGCACGAAAAUGCCUUAUUAAAGGUUGUUCUUCAUUUUUGGCAUACAUUGUGGAUGCCAAAGUGGAAAAGAAGAAGAUUGAAGAUGUUCGAGUAGUGUGUGAUUACCCUGAUGUGUUUCCCGAAGACUUGCCCGGUUUACCGCCAGAUCGUCAGGUUGAGUUUCGUAUAGACCUCAUUCCUGGUGCAGCGCCGAUCGCUCGUUUUCCAUAUCGGAAUUGCUCGACAAAGGUUUCAUCCGACCAAGUUCUUCACCAUGGGGUGCUCCAGUAUUGUUUGUAA